AUGAAUGCUGCUGUCCGUGCUGUGGUGCGCAUGGGAAUAUACGUGGGGGCCAAGGUGUACUUUAUCUAUGAGGGUUACCAAGGCAUGGUUGAUGGCGGCAGUAACAUCGUGGAAGCCAACUGGGAAAGCGUCUCCAGCAUUCUGCAAGUGGGAGGCACCAUCAUAGGCAGCGCUCGCUGCAAGGCCUUCCGCACCCGGGAGGGUCGGCUGAAAGCCGCUGGGAACCUGGUUCAGCGGGGCAUCACCAACCUGUGUGUGAUCGGCGGGGACGGAAGUCUCACCGGGGCCAACAUCUUCCGGAAGGAGUGGAGCGGGCUGCUCAAAGAGCUGGCCGAAAAUGGCGACAUCGACAGGGAGGAGGUGCAGAAGCACGCCUACCUCAACGUCGUGGGCAUGGUUGGCUCCAUCGACAACGACUUCUGCGGCACUGACAUGACCAUCGGCACCGACUCCGCCUUGCACAGGAUUAUCGAGGUCGUGGACGCCAUCAUGACCACCGCCCAGAGCCACCAGAGGACCUUUGUGCUUGAGGUCAUGGGGAGACACUGCGGGUACCUAGCCCUGGUGAGCGCCCUGGCCUGCGGGGCAGACUGGGUGUUCCUUCCAGAAUCUCCCCCGGAAGAAGGCUGGCAGGAGAAGAUGUGUGUCAAGCUCUCGGAGAACCGUGCCCGGAAGAAAAGACUGAAUAUCAUCAUUGUGGCGGAAGGUGCCAUCGACACCCAAAAUAAACCCAUUACCUCUGAGCAAAUCAAGGAGCUUGUGGUCACGCAGCUGGGGUACGACACGCGGGUGACCAUCCUUGGACACGUGCAGAGAGGCGGGACUCCUUCGGCCUUUGACAGGAUUUUGGCCAGUCGCAUGGGGGUGGAGGCCGUGGUCGCCCUUCUCCAGGCCACCCCAGAGACCCCGGCCUGCGUGGUGUCGCUGAGCGGGAACCAGGCCGUCCGCCUGCCCCUGGUGGAGUGUGUGCAGAUGACCCAGGACGUGCAGAAGGCCAUGGACGAGAGGAGAUUUAAGGACGCCGUGCGACUCCGCGGAAGGAGCUUCGAGAGCAAUCUGAACACCUACAAGCGGCUCGCCAUCAAGAUGCCAGAUGACCAGAUCCCAAAGAGCAACUGCAACGUGGCGGUCAUCAACGUGGGCGCCCCCGCUGCCGGGAUGAACGCGGCCGUGCGCUCGGCCGUGCGCGUGGGCAUCUCCGAAGGGCACAAGAUGUUUGCCAUCUACGACGGCUUCGAGGGCUUCGCCAAGGGCCAGAUCCGCCCUGAGGCGCACGUCCGAGGCCACGUGGUGCUCGGCAAGGAACGCACUGCCCGGUUUUCUCAGGGGACGGUCGGCAGUGACGCCCGUGGGGCCCGUGGACGCUGGCCCGAGGCUGUCCGCGUGGGGGAUGCUGCAGGCCCGGUGCUCAAGAACGGCGAGCACCCGAACGAAAGCCUUGCCGGAGAGAGCGGGCGCUUCUUGAGUGCUUGCUGUAUACACUCCCUGAUCCUACGGGAUCCGCACGUGAACCCAUUUAAGUCUCGCAGCAAAGCGGCCGGGACGCUGCCCGGGAAGUCCCUGGAGGCGAUCGCCGAGCAGAUGCGGACCCACAGCAUCAACGCGCUGUUGAUCAUUGGUGGAUUUGAGGCCUACCUGGGACUGCUGGAACUGUCAGCUGCCCGGGAGAAUUACGAGGAGCUCUGUGUCCCCAUGGUCAUGGUCCCCGCCACGGUGUCCAACAACGUGCCGGGCUCCGAUUUCAGCAUCGGUGCGGACACCGCCCUGAACACCAUCACCGACGACGACGUGUCCCUGCUGGGCGCACUGACGGGGAGCGUGCGGCACUCAAGUCGUGGAAAAAGGUUUAUGACCGAUGAUUGCAUUUGCGUGCUGGGAAUAAGCAAAAGAAACCUCCUUUUCCAACCUGUGGCACAACUGAAGAAGGAAACAGACUUCGAGCACCGGAUCCCCAAGGAGCAGUGGUGGCUGAAGCUGCGGCCGCUCAUGAAGAUCCUGGCCAAGUACAAGGCCAGCUACGAGGUGUCCGACCCCGGCCAGCUGGAGCACGUGCACCACCGAGGCCACGAGGAGCCUGCCGCCAUCUAG